AAGCGUAAAGAAAAAAGUUCGGCGGCGCUAGCAGACUGCCGCUGGUCACCUUUCACCAGCGAAGUAGGGAGAAAUUUUUAGGGGGGCUAUUUAAAGAAAACACUGUACCGAGCUAGUCAAAGAACUGAAGUACUCCUUCGUACGGCGGACAGAGGGAGACUGUAAUGACCCGCUGCGUUUGUCAGAGACGGAAGAUGCGGGGAAAUGAUAUCGUGCGCGCGGAAGUUUGUGUUUACUUACGCCGUGGUAGCUAGCGUGUUGGCCCUGUUAGCCUGUUAGCGAGAAAGGUGCGCUGUGUCUGGACGGGUUAAUAGCAACACUUACAAGUCAGCCCAGCUACGUUAAACAGUAGAAACAUACUGUAUAUAUCCUGAAGCUAACAACGAGCUGGUGGCAGAUGCUGGGGAUUGCUCAAACUCUUGAAACAUUGGUGCGGGCCACGAGCCGUGAACUCUGCGUGCGCGUGUCAACACGCAGGCAGAAGUUAUUUACAAAGAGGGCACUUUAAGCCCUAAUCUCAAACGUAUAGACCUGCAAAACGUGAUUUAAAUAUUAACUGCCGCCCUCAGUGCGGUUACGAAUGACAUAUCAGGCUUGCGUCCCUGUGCGUGAAAACCAUCCUCCUCAUCGGACCUAGUACAUCGUCCUCGUCCGCAAUGGGGCCCCUGUUUAGCCAGUGAGACCCGUAAAAGCGAUCUGGAGCCCGUUAGCCAUGGGGGGAUGUAUGGGCAGAUACUUGGAAGGCUGGGAAGACUCGCAGAGUCGGGGCUCCUCCAGGAACGGUGGACGAGGAGAUCAGUCAGUGUUCUCCUGGCCUAGGUGUGCUCUGUAUUAAUACUGAAUAGUGGGAAACAUGAAGGGCGUAACGAGCCUCUGAAAAAAGAUCGUCCCAAAUGGAAGAGUGACUACCCGAUGACGGAGGGCCAGCUACGGAGCAAGCGGGAUGAGUUUUGGGACACGGCGCCGGCCUUCGAGGGCCGCAAGGAAAUCUGGGAUGCUCUGAAAGCAGCCGCUGUGGCCUUGGAGUGUAACGACCAUGAAUUAGCUCAGGCUAUAGUGGAUGGAGCCAGCAUCACACUGCCACACGGUACCCUGACAGAGUGUUACGAUGAACUUGGGAACCGCUACCAGCUGCCCGUCUACUGCCUGGCACCACCCAUCAACCUCAUCUCAGAGCGUAGUGACGAAGACCCCAGCGACAGCCCUGAACCCCCAGCAGCAUCCAAGAAGGAAUUCCAGCUCAAGGUGCGGCUGUCCACAGGAAAGGACUUGCGUCUCAGCGUCAGCAUGGUUGACACCAUAGGCCAGCUGAAGAAGCAACUGCAAGCUCAGGAAGACAUCGACGCCGUUCACCAGCGCUGGUUCUUCUCCGGGAAGCUGCUCACGGACAAGACACGGCUGCAAGACACUAAGAUCCAGAAGGACUUUGUGAUCCAGGUCAUCGUCAACCCACAGGCACUCCAAGCCCCCAAACCAUCACCACCGACAACCACCGCCUCCUCUCCUGUGCCCGAGUAACCGAGGACCGUCAGAGGAGCGAUGCAGUCUGUGAUGGACCAGAGGUGCCUCCCAAUGCUGGAUAACUUAUUCUUCUUGACAAAAGCUACUGUUACUGAAAGAGAAAUAAACUGUGAGGGUGAAACAAACAAAAACAGACAAAGAAGAAACUGAAAAGUGCUGCUUUUUUCCCCUUUUUUCUAAAUGUCCCUGUGUGUGCACGUGUGUGUUUUUUGGGGGGGAUCUGCUGAGUCGUUCCAGUCAUCACACUAACCAGAGAUGCCUGUCAUCGUUGCAUAUUAAAGCAGAGCUCCUCGCGCUGGUGUGCAAGCCUUUUCUCAGUGCACAGAACGUGCACAUCAGAGCUGCACAUGCAGACUCUGCCUUUGCCCUUUAGCCUGCUAACACAGUGCCAACAGAGGAACUGCAGAGGCGUUGGUUCUAGAGCGAAUUUCUGCUAUGACACCUAUAAACUCAGCACUGUUGCUCUCUUUCUCCUCCACAGAAACAGGAAAGGAAAGCAGGAAAAAAGAAACGUGCUGAAUAUUCUUCUUUUUUUUUUUUCCUUUCCCUUACUGAGGAAAUAAAGUCAACUGGGCUUUUUUUGCACAUUUAAAGAUUAGUACUAUACUUUUGUGGUAGUUUGUGUGCCUUCUACAAGACAAAAGGGGGGGGGGGUAAUCACUGCAAUUUUACUGUUGGGCUAAUAUAUCUUCUUUUUUUUGUUUGUUUUUUUUAGAUUCAGGAACUUUUAGAUGGACCUAAGCUAUAAGUGUUGCCUUUAUUUCUUUUAAAAGAUUUCGUAAGUCUUGCGGACAGAAGAGAAUGGUUGUGUGUGUGUGUUUGUGUGGAGGGGGUGUGCGACAAGAUUACGAAGCUGACCCAUAUGAUGCAUUGAGAGUCGAGACUGGACUAAAAGUCAUAGCUUAAGUGGUUAAUGUCAUUGAUUUAAGGGAAAGCGGAAUUCCCUUGAAAAAAGUGUCGUCUUAACCGCUGCGUUGCUGACUGCGCAGUGACGCCCUGACCAGCAGGAGGGAGCAGCACAGGCCUUAUUAAAUUUGAUCAGAUCAGUUGUUUAUGGUCACUUGUUUUGUUUUGUUUUUCCCCUUCCACCACCGGAUGAAUGUAAAUCCAUCUUUUUUUGCUCUCGAUGUGGUCUGGUAAUGUUGAACAAUAAAAGAAAGAAAGGAGGGGAAAAAGGGCAUUUUCUCUUCACCAGCAGGUAUGAUACGGAGCGGCGAGUGAAAACAAAAAGCUCAAGCUGAUUCCUUUUUUUUUUUUUCUUUUUUUUUUCUCCCUUCAGUAAAACUGGCCAUACUGGUGAUCCCCUACAUAUCAUGACUGUUGCUUACAAGCACACCCCAGGGAUUUCCACACGAUGUCCAGUUUGCUUCUCAUGUAAAAGCAGUUGUUUAAGGCCUUCUGUGUGGCAGGAAGGCCCCACAGAGUGAUUUAAAAAAAAAAAAAAAGGUGAAUUUAGGAACUAAGCAUUCAUUUUGCAUAUAGCAAACUCAGCGUAUGGCAGUAGGCGAGGUAUGGUCUUAAGCAGGCAGGGAAAGGGAAAUGCAGCAUGCUGCUUUAUGGGAUUUUUUUUUUUAGGGGGGUACUAAUACUGCUGGAGUUUUCCUUUAACAAGUUUUAAUUUAAUCAUAUUUUCACAGAUCUGACUGGAAAGCUAAAAAUAAAACCAACCAAAAUCUGUGCUUCAAGGCGAGAAUGUUUUUUUUUCUGUGGUGGCUUUCCUGUAAGCUGGUGUCGAUUCAGAGAACAAGGAGAGGUUUUUUCGAGCUUGUUUGUCUGUCUUAGUUUCACACUGAGCGGUGAGCACGCACUGCCUGUUUUCUUUACAUCAUAGCACAUCUGUUAGUGUUCAUGCCCCGACUCUAACCGGCUCUUGAAGAGCAACAAUAAUUGUUUGGAGGGAAGAGAGCCAUCAGGUUUGUCGCCAGCCGCAGCGGUCACCAGAGGAAACAAACGAGUGAGAUGUGAUAUCUGUAUGUAAAUCUGCAGACGAGCUGCAAGAUCUUUGGCAGUGGAACAUUUUCACUUUUUAUUUAUAGCUGCUAGCAGUCCAGAGUUCACUCGACUUCGCUCACCUUAAGCAGCCUUUGUUUGUAUGUACCCGUGGAGAGCAUUAGCUAUCAUCUGGGAACUUUUUAAAUUUAACAGUAUUCAUAAGUGAUGACCAGUGCACAAAAUAAGCUUGGCUGAUGCUGGAAUCCCUGAAAAAUUAGAUGUUGUCCCCAGAGGCUGGACUCCCAGAUUGAUGAGCUACAAACAAAACAGCCCCACAUUCAUCCCCCUCAUGCUGGACCAUCUGAAUCCACUUUAAACCUCUGUGGCUGUGUUCACACUGGAGCUCAGUGAAGAUGAUUUUGCCUGAAUAAUAGCCAUGGAUCUCUCGGUGUGAAAAACACCGUGCUUUAUUAUCACAAUCACCCUUUCUUGUAUUUGCAAUCAGAGAUAUGAGACUGCUUUCCUGAGCAGUGUGUUUGCACAAGAGUCUGUUUGUAUGGGAGGAAAAAUAAAAGCCAUAAUCCUGAUCAUGACAUUUAUGUCACUGCGUAGCACACCCCAGCUGAUUUUCUUUUCUUCAGUGACUCAUUUCAAACUCAAAGUGCAUUUAAGCUACAUUUUUUUUUUCUGUUGUCCUGUUUCUGCACACAAAGGAGGAAAGCCAAAGAUACAAGAGCACUCUGUGCAUCAGUUCCAGGUCACGUUGCAGAAUAACGCAUCAGCUGGUUCACUGUCACAAACGCCCACAGCUGGACGAGCUUUGUUUUCAUUCUCCGCUCCUGUUGCACAAAUAUCCUGCAUCAUCAGCAUCGUGGAGGUAAUGAAACUGACCUGAGCCACAGCAGCAGUUCACCACAUCAAGAUGAUGUUCCUUCUCUCUUUGUCUAGCCACUUUUCAGCCUUGUGGUUCAUUAACUUGUGUGUGUUUUAAGGAUGUUUUUCUUUCCUCCUUCACCUUUUACCUGUGGUUCCUAAAGGGAUAUGUUUUGUAACUAUCGUAUGCAAACUUGAACAAGCGUUUGUCUCUGUAUGUGCAAUACAAUAGACAUAGACCUCA